AAAACAGCGUCAGCUGAUUGCGAGACGGCAGACGAGGAAUAAUGUUGAGAUUUGAACAUUCAAAUUGUAUUCAGGUUCGCCGCGUCAGUCGAGUCGUGGCGCUCGCUCACUUGCCCGCGGAGUCGGCAUGCGGCUAACGUGAAUAAAAUUUUCUUUCGGUUACUAAUCGGUGGUGAAAGUCUGAGCAGAUGUCGCGUGAACAAUCGUCAAGAAAUGUCCACUGCCCGUUUGUACUUUGAAUAAAUUAAUUGGAGAAUUUCUAAAGCGUGCCAUGGUGUUAGCUGGUGAUUUUUAAAUCGAAUAUAUACGUACAAAUGUGAAUAUCUAGUGAGAACAGUGGUUAAUUAAUUUUGUUUCUGUAAAUAAUAUAAUUUUAUAAACUCAAGUGAAUAUGGCCUUAACUAUGGAACAGAAAAAUAAUCUUGAUUUUAUACUCAAGAACUUACUGGCUGGAGGUGUGGCGGGUAUGUGCGCAAAAACGACAGUGGCGCCACUGGAUCGUAUGAAGAUCCUCCUCCAAGCGCAGUCGUCCCACUACAAGAACCACGGGGUUUUGGGCGGAUUAACUGCUAUUGUGAAGAAGGAGUCCCUCAUAGCCCUCUACAAAGGGAAUGGAGCCCAAAUGGUCAGGAUAUUCCCGUACGCAGCCACGCAGUUUACCAGCUUCGAGAUUUAUAAAAAGUACCUAAGCGGCGUCCACAUACCGGUGGUGCAACAUGGCGACAAGUUCGUGGCGGGGGCGGGCGCGGGCGUGACGGCUGUCACCCUGACAUACCCGCUGGACACCAUCCGGGCGCGGCUCGCGUUCCAAAUCACGGGCGAGCACAAGUAUAAUGGAAUCGCACAUGCGGCCACCACCAUGUUCCGAACGGAGGGCGGUAUCCGCGCCCUGUACCGCGGGUUCGUGCCCACCAUGAUGGGCAUGGUGCCGUACGCCGGCUUCAGCUUCUACUGCUUCGAGUCGCUCAAGUUCUUCUGCAUGAAGUACCUGCCCACCACGCUCUGCAGAAAGUGCGAGAGGAAUACCGGAGGUCUAGUGCUGACAGUGCCGGGCAAGUUGGUGUGCGGCGGGCUGGCGGGCGCGGUGGCGCAGUCCGUGUCGUACCCGCUCGACGUCACGCGCCGCCGCAUGCAGCUCGCCUGCAUGGACGCGCACACCGCCAAGUUUGGCAUCGGCAUGGUGAAGACUUUAACCCUCAUAUACCGUGAGAACGGCAUAGUGAAGGGUCUGUACCGCGGCAUGAGCAUCAACUACAUCCGAGCGAUACCAAUGGUCGCUACCUCCUUCUCCACCUACGAACUCAUGAAACAACUGCUGCAACUCGACACAGGAAUGAUGGUAUCGUAACUUUACGUAAACAGAUGAUUAUAUAUUUUCUUUGUAUAUGUUUAGUCUGGAUAUGUUGAACACGUAUUUUUGUUUAGUAGAGGGUAGAAUAUUAGCUGCGGUUGAUGACUAUGGCCAUAUAUGGCAGUAACGUACGAUUAUUCGACGUAUAAAAUGUACGUAAAAGUAUUUUAAAAUUGACGUAGGACGCCGCUCCUGAAUAAUAAUUCGUUAUAUUCUAAAUAAAAAAUACGUGCUCAAUAUUUUUUUCUAACUCGCAGACUAAACAGCUAAUGUUUCCUUUUCGAAAUAUUCAAAUUGGAGGCAUAGUAAUUAUUAUUUUUAUAUAAGUAGUAAUCAAAAUUGUUUAACGCAAAUUACGUUAAUUUUCUGAAUAAGUACUCGACUUCGAACUUGUUGUAUUUUUAGAUUUAAUUCUAUCGCUGUUGUUGACAAUUGUUGUACUCUAUUUAGAGCUCAUUUUUAUUGUUGUACUGUCAUUUUUGGCGUUGCAGAAUAUUAUUUCAAUAAUUAUAUUUAUUUUUAUUAGGACAAAGUACAUAAUAACACCGCUUUCGUGUUAUUCUUGAGUGGUAAGAAAAAAUAACUACUUAUUUACUUUUUAAAAUUGUGAUCUGUCAAGGGUGGUAUGCCAUAAGUUAGAAAAUGCUACACAACCAUACAAAUAUAUUUUAUUCUCUUCAACAGGGUUGAUAUUUUUAAAUGAAGAGUAACAAGAGAAUUAGUUGUGGCUUUUAAAAUACAAGCAUUAAGAAAUCAUGUCUCCUAGCAAAGAUGGAAUGAUUUUUUGUAAGUGAAGACCAAAUCAAGGAUAUAUUUUCUAUAACAAAGUCCAUUGUUAAAAUAUUAUAUGAAUGUAAACUGUAAAUUCAAGAGUUCACCCAAACUUUGUAUCUAGUAGCGUAGAAUUACAAAUCGCGCCAACAGAUGGCGUCAACCCAUUUGACAGAUCCCAUUUUUUUUAAUGGCAACAAUAUGCACAAAUUCACAAUUUUCAUGCAAAAUAUUUAUAAUGAAAUGUAAAGUGAAUUUGCGCACACGAUUUUCUUCUCUGUACUUAUAUAAACAUCAGUAUUUGAAAGUUGUAAUGCUCACUAUUUGUAUUUUUAAAAUACCAAUGUGUAGGUUAAUAGUGUAGUGUACUCAUUGUCAUUUCCAAGUUAAUGUUUAGUAAUUAGAUCUAGAUAUAAUUAUUUCCAAUUUCCGCUAUGCUUUAUGCUAUGGUUACAGAAAUUUUGAUUUAUAAAUGGUAGUCUGAGAGGCUGGAUUUUUUAGCUAAGGGUCAUAGACUAUUGUGCUGCCACCUGUGGCCCCAAAAAUGUGCUUUAGCAAUUUUCUGAUAUACUGCAAGAAUAGGUCCGAAUAGCGGGUAUGCAGCUAAAUUAACAACAAGACUAGGAUAUUUAUGGGAUGCUGUUGACUUUUCAGGUCGUUAAGUUAUUACUUAUUGUGAGUAGGCAUUGCAUUGUAACGUCCUUUAUGUGGUUGUAUUUCCACUUUCCUUUUGGAUUUAAUCCAGUUUCCGAUCAAUUAAUACGCAACGAGUUAGGUCUCGUCAAUUAACGUUUAUAUGACAAUACGUAGGUUUAUUGAGUGACCCUGAAUAAACUGGGUAAGGGCAAAAGAAAUAGGUUUAAAUAGACAAAUAAGAUAUAAAUUCCGUGCCUUUGGCUGCUCUCGACAAAAUAUUUUCAAUCCAUUACACGGGUGUAAUCCGACCAAAAACUUUCUGCAAUCGGAUUUGUAUAAAAGAGAAGAAUAGACAUACCAUAUUUUUAUGAUGCAAAUAUUCCUACUCCAUUGAAUUGGUCAAAAUUACCCGGAAGACGGCGAUAAAUGUAACCAACCCAAUAUUUCUGAUUGCUAAUUAGCAUGGUUGUGAAAAUAAGAUUUGAUGCCCCUUCAAACGAUGAAAUGUGGUAAGCCAGACUAUUUUUAUAGUAAUACUUAUAUGACAGCUAAAUAGCUUUAAAACGUUGUUGUAUCAGGAACAGGGUGACAAGGCUAGUAUGUAAGACGAUUCAUUCCACAACUUGUGAUGUCUUCUAUGUAUAACUUAUGUUACUCCCUCUAGGUCCUAUCGCACAUUUACUGUGAAACAGUUAGACAAUUACCUCUGUUUUAUUCCAAUUUUUGUUUAGCUUAAAGCUUCAGAGAUUCGUUUGUAUUGUCUAGUAUAUUAUUAUUAUGUAGAAUGUCUUGGUACACACAGCAAUGUUGUCGCACCAAAGAUGCAAUUAAAACUCAAGGCAGUAGAAAUAUAAUUAAUAUAAUAGGUACAUGUAAGAAACACUGGACAGAAGGAUAAUAAUAUAAAAUGUAUAUAUCGCUCUACAAUUGUAUAAAGUACAUAAAUAAAAUAAUAAAACAAUGUGUAUCUACUACAUUAUAAUAAAUUAUUUUCAUGUAA